AUGACGUACCAGACCAUCUUUGCCAAAAGCUUUAGUCGGCAUGACCAGAAGAGGCUUGGUUGUGGAGCUUUUGUUGGUUGUCUCGUCGUUGCAUUCAGCUUCUGCGCGGUGUUCAAGCCUUAUUUGAGCCCUCUACCUGUUUUGAAUUUGCAGUUGUCAUUGGGCUUUGGACGUUUCAAAAUGUUGUCAAGUAUGGAGAAAUCAAGCAACCAAAGGCAAAUAGACAUCAAAUCCAAGGAAGUCAAACCCAUUUGUGACCUUUCACAGCAAAGGUCUGAUGUUUGUGAAUUGAAUGGAGACAUACGAAUUUCCAUAAAUUCGUCCACUAUUUUUCUUGCCUCAACUCAAAUGAGCAUUUUGAAAGAAACCAGCAACAAUUCAUGGACAAUACGUCCUUAUGCUCGAAAAGGAGACGAAACCGCAAUGGCGGGUGUUACCAAAUUUAAAAUUAAGAUGGAAGAAGCACAUUCCAUUUCCCAAGCGGAUCCACGUUGCAACAGAACUCACAAUGUCACCGGUAUUGUCUUCUCCACCGGGGGUUAUCUCGGUAAUCUUUUCCAUGACUUCUCCGAUGUCUUGAUUCCGCUAUAUCUAACUGCUCGAGAAUUUGAUGGACAAGUACAGUUUCUCGUUGCCAACAAAAAGUCUUGGUGGUUGAUCAAACAUGGAGCUUUAUUACAAAAGUUGUCGAGGUAUGAGAUCAUUGACAUGGACAAAGAUGAUGGAGCAGUGCAUUGCUUCUCAAGAUUGAUUGUCGGCCUUAAACAUCACAAAGAACUCGACAUUGAUCCUUCAAAGAGUCCAUAUUCCAUGAAGCAGUUCACACAUUUUCUAAGAAGUUCUUACUCCUUAAAGAGAGAAACGGCUAUUAAACUAGUAAGAGAUGACAACAACAGUACAAUGAGACCUCGGCUUCUGAUUGUGUCAAGGAAGAGAACCCGGUGUUUUAUGAACGAAGGUGAAAUUGUCAAAAUGAGUAAAAGAUUGGGAUUUGAUGUGACUGUCACAGAGGCAGACUCAAACCUGUCGCGGUUUGCACAACUCGUAAACUCUUGUGAUGUUAUGAUGGGAGUACACGGGGCUGGCAUGACCAACAUGGUUUUCCUUCCUGAAAAUGCAGUUUUGAUACAAGUACUACCCUUGGGAGGAAUGGAAUGGCUUGCUAGAACUUACUUUGGAGAGCCUGCAAAAGAUAUGAACUUAAAGUACUUGGAAUACAAGGUGAGUGAAGAAGAGAGCUCAUUGAUACAACAAUACCCAAUUGACCAUGAAGUUAUUAAGAACCCUCGGGCAAUAAGCAAACAGGGAUGGGGUGCAUUUAGGUCUAUAUAUUUGGAUAAGCAAAAUUUAAAGCUCGAUGUGAAUAAGUUUAGAGCAACAUUGUUGGAAGCCCAGCAACUUCUGCAGAUGUAGAGGUUGACUUGGGCAUGUCAUUUCCAAGCUAUGCAUUAAGUUUUAAUCACAGUAAAAAAAUACCAUCUUUUGUCCCCACGGGCGAC